UCAUCAUCAUCUUCGUACCCAAGAAGCACAAAACAUUUCUCUCUGCCAUAUUUCUCAAAGUCUCUCUCUCUCUCAUAUUUCAACAAUGCGGAUUCCUUUUCUUCUUCUUCUUCUUCUUCUUUUUUUUGCGAUUUUUCGAUGAUUUCUUAGAAUCUUGGGAAGAAAUUGUACUAAAGAUAUCCAAAAAAGAAAAAAUCCACAGGUAAAAACCCUAAAAAUCGCCGUCCUCUGUCCGGCCAUUUUACCCAAAACCACCGUCCAUCCUCAGUCCCACGUUUUAAGCCUCACCCCUUCAUUUUCCAUUUCCUCUAUUCAUGUUCCGAUUCUCACCCAAAAAAACAGAGGAAAGAAUAAGGGGUUUCAUGAUCUGGGUUUAUGACUCCGGAUGAUGGAAGCGGAGAUAUCUUCUUUCACUAAUCUAAUAAAUCUGAAGGGUUUCUGCAGCCUCGUGAAGGAGAGACGGUGAAGUGCGUGCAAGAUUCGCCGCCUCUGAUUCUGCCCCUACGCAAGGCAGCACCCUUGGGGAAAAAACAGCGAUGAGGUACAACGGAGGUAGUAGGUUGGCUCAAUGCAGACAAAUCCAAGAAAGGAAAACCCCACUGAUCUCCAGUAGAUUGCCCAGGCUGCAAAUGCUUCUGCCCAAUGGAAUUUUCUUUAGACGUGAAUUCAGUGUGUUCGAUGAGUUCUUCAAGAAGAUUAAAGGUGAAGUCGACAGGAACUUGGAAUUUCAACAAUCCAUGAGGGAGAUUAAGGAGAAAGCAGAGGACUUGAAAGGGGUGAAUGAGGAUCUGAAAGACACUUCCAAUGUGAGCUCUGAGAUGGUGAAACGGUGAAAUGCAGAACAAAAGCAGACUAUUGAGCAGCUGUACAAGCAUGUAGAUGGUGUUUGGUCGCAGGCUCAAGAAAAACAAAAAAGGUAUAAAUCAUCCUCUAGUGGUUCUACAGUGUCUUCCCAAAGGUGAAUUAGCAAUAUGGAGUUUGACUUAAUUGAAGUACUUCUGGACAUAUAUUUUGUUUUCCCUAACUCUUUGUUCCUUGUUUUCCUCAACUCUUGGCUACUAAAGGAACUAAUUAAAAUUUAUGGGUACCUUUUUCUGGUUAGAGUGUAGCUACUUACAUCAAUAUAUUUUUUAAUGCAUUAUUCAUAUCUUUGGCAUCCAGCCUAAAGAAGAAUUGGAUAAUUUUUUAUUUGUCUAUAACUAGAAUAGUCAGUGCUGAAACAUAAUCUAUACUCCUAUUUUUCUUCCACAGAGCACAACAUUCUCUACUUACAAAUAAUGCAAAAACACACUAGAAAAAGAGAACAGACUGAGAGUCUUCUUCAUUCUUUAGUCCAGGACCUUAACCUUGGACUGGACGGUGUUACCUUAGUUUACAUGUAACUAUAUUACUGAUGCAGGAACAUUAUUUACAUAUAGUUUGCUAUUAUGCUUCAUACUGGCACGGUAUCUGUGGUGUCGGCUGCCUUUAGAUGUAUUUUACACGACUAUGAUAAUUUUGGCUCUAAAGUGGUGUAAACCACAAGUAUGCAAUAUGUUAUUCUAUUACAAAAAAAAAAAGAAAAAAAAGAAUUGGGAUAAGUUUUGUAUUAGCUAUAACUGGAAUACUCAUUUCUGAUACAUACUCCUAAUUUUCUUCCACGGAACACAGCAUUCUCUACUUACAAAUAUGCAAAAACACACUAGAAAAAGAGACAAACUGAGAGUCGUCU